AGUACCUAAUUCACUAGUGUUCCAUAGUAAAGAUUGUAGACAGGAAGGAGUAUUUGUGUGGGUUUGGUCCAUUUUGAACCGUUAAUCUCACUUAUUAUUUACUUUUUCCGACUUUUUAACUGUAAAAAUUCCAAAUUUAAUUUAAUGAAAAUGAGUGAAAAGGGAAACUGGGGAAACAACUGCCUUGAUUGAUGUUGCGAAUGAUAAUUCCCCGCGAGCCUCUCUCGGACGUUUAAAUAGUCUGAGGAGCAUUUGCCAACUAACAUGCGGAACCCCGUGGGUUGCUGAUUUGGUCUCCCGGCAAAACCGCCCGAAACACCUUAAAGUUUCGGUGUCGCCACCAUCAAGACGGGUGGCUCAACACCUCUCGUUUCCAGCGACUUGGCCAAUGCCAAAAACUGAGACACCGAACUUGACAACCAUCGCUCUUUGCCCAUGUCUCUCUCAAAGAAAACCGUCUCAACUCGUGAUCUGAAGCACCGAGUCAUCACCUGCCUCAACAAGCUCUCCGACCGGGACACCCUCGCUGUCGGGACGGCCGAGCUCGAAUCCAUCGCUCGGAAUCUCACGCACGAUUCCUUCUCUCCCUUCCUCUCAUGCCUCUAUGGUACCGAUUCCUCCGAGAAAUCGCCUGUAAGGAAGCAAUGCGUUCGUCUCUUAGGUGUGCUCUCGGAGACUCACGGCGACUCUCUCUCUCCUCACCUCUCCAAAAUGCUAUCCAACGUCGUUCGUCGCCUUCGUGACUCCGAUUCCGCCGUCCGAUUGGCCUGCGUUGACGCCGUCGGUGUUAUGUCGUCGCAGAUCACGAAACCACCAUUUUCCGCAUUUUUGAAGCCCUUGACUGAUUCAAUAUUGCUUGAGCAAGAUUAUAAUUUGCAAAUCGGUUCCGCGCUUUGCAUUGCGGCAGCGAUCGAGGCCGCGCCCGAUCCAGAGCCGGAGCAGCUGCUGAAGCUCCUGCCGAGGCUACUGAAGUUAGCAAAGAGCGAGAGCUUCAGAGCGAAGCCGGCAUUGUUGUCGCUCAUCGGUAGCAUUAUUGGUGCCGGUGGGGCGUCCACUCGUGGUGUGUUGAAUAGUCUGGUUCCGUGCUUGGUUGAGUUUUUGAGUAGUGAGGACUGGGCAGCGAGGAAGGCUUCGGCGGAGGCGUUGGCUAGAUUAGCUCUCGUGGAGAGAGAUUUGGCAACCGAGUUCAAGUCCUCGUCUUUGUCUUCUUUGGAGAGUCGGAGAUUUGAUAAGGUCAAGGUGGUCAGGGACACUAUGAAUCGCACCUUGGAUUUGUGGAAGGAGCUUCCAUGUGACUCCAACGGUCUCUUGCCCCUGUCUCCAUCUAAAGCUUCUUCAAAAGAUAAUGGUGCUGGUGGAUGCUUCCCUCCUGCCUCCAAAAUUUCCUGUGAUGUUGGUUUUGAGACUCCUCAGCCAAAGAAAAUAAUCCCCACAAGAUCACCUCCAUCAGAUAAUUCAUUAGUAACCACUGCGAGAAAGAGAAGCCCUUUACAGAGUAGUAAUAAUGGGAAAUCGACUACUGCAAUGUUCCGUAAGCUAGACUGCAAGAAACCCUCUGAUUGGAAAGUUGAAGUUGCUGUUCCCCAUCCAUCCUCUUCAAAAGUGGCUUGUGAAGAUGAUCUUAAAAGGAGGUACUUGGUAGUUUCAGAUUCGGAGGAGAAUGGAAACUGCGGGGAUUCAAGACCAGAAACAAACCGUGUCCUCUUUAGUAAGAUCAGUAAUGAAAAAAUGCAUAAAUUUGGUUGCUUGAGAUCUGGGUCUCGCAUUGUCCCCUUUCAUGAGAAUAAUAAUUCUGAGUCAGCUGUCGUGGAUAGCAAUGCUACUGAAGAAGAAAUCUAUGAAAACCAAAAGGACAUAGAGGAUCUGUCUUUGAUUCGCAAACAGCUUAUCCAGAUUGAGAACCAGCAAUCCAGUAUGUUAAAUCUCCUCCAGAGGUUUAUUGGCAACUCCCAAAGUGGGAUAAACUCUCUGGAGACCCGUGUAAAUGGCCUGGAGAUGGUACUGGAGGAAAUAUCAUUUGAUUUGGCAAUAUCAAGUGGAAGGGUAUCAAACUCUGAUUCUGCAGGGAACACAUGUUGCAAGCUGCCCGGAGCAGAAUUCUUGAGUUCUAAGUUUUGGAAGAGAACAGAAGGCCAUACGACUUCAAGAUUCUCUUCUACUGGCAGCAUCCAAGCAUUAACUACCAUAAAUAAUAUGCCCAAUAAAUAUGCCAGCAAUAUGGUAGAUGAACAAAAGCUUCAGCACCAAAAUUUGGAUGGAUUUGUUGCAAAUCCAUUAGCUGAUAUUCAUGGCACUUCAAGAACUCUAAUUGAUGGGGCAUCUCCAGCUACUCAAACAAUGCCAGUGAACCUUAGCCGCAGAUUAGCUGCAUAGAUAAGAUGGAAGUGAAAUAUGUUCCGAUGACCAGUGUUAUCGAGAGACGGCAGUCAUGGACUCAUGAUCAGCGACACUUGACCACGACAGGAAAAUGAACUGCUUCUGCCUGGUAGAUCAACCCUGCCAUAACUUCCUUCUUCAGUACUUAGAGUAGGAGGGUUAUCCAUUCAAUAAUCCUUGGCUUAGAGGAAGCAAAUCAGUAAUUUAAGUGCAAUACCAGAGCAAGCCAUUCCUUAUUUGAUUUUGUUCUCCUAUUCCCUUUAGAGAAAAAAUUGGGCAUUUGUACAGAGAAAAGUUUUCAGGCAGUUUUUUUAUUUUUCUUGGUAGUCUCUGCUGUAGUCUUUAAUGAAAUUUGAGUUUGUGGGACUUGGAUUUCGAUCCACUGGUUCCAUUCUGCUUCCCGAAAA